UAGCUUCUGUUAUUUCUCCCAGUCCAAAAGCUUCAACGUCAAAGAAAACAGAGACGCCGCACUCUGUUCUAUUCCAUUACCUUCUCCUCCAUAUGUAGAGAGAGAAAACUAGAACCAACCAUCUCAGACCAACAACCAAAAUAUCACUUCACACAGAUCCACACACACACACAUAUAUGUAUGCAUAUAUGUUCUCGUUAUGUCGACAAUAUUAAGCGAGCCAAUUCAGUGCCGUCAGUAUUCUGAUGAAGCCAUGAAUCACGACGGCAACGCCCAGAUGUUUAGCCAGGGCGGCGUUGGUGGCGGCGGCGGUCUGUGGGAGAUAGAGGAGGAGAGGUCGUCGGAGCUGCAGGAGAACCACCGUGGGUCUUGGGCGGCGGCGUCGGCGGUGGGGGUUGACGAGGACUGUGUGUAUGUUGGAGUGGGGAAGAGCGAGACGAGCAUGGAGGCUCUUUCGUGGACGCUCAAGCACCUGAUAGCUUCUCCUUCUACCAUGGUCUAUCUCAUCCACGUCUUCCCUGAGAUCAAACACAUUCCUAAUCCAUUGGGAAUGGGAAUGAUUCCAAAGAACCAAGUGAGUGCUGAGCAGGUUGAGAGCUAUGAGGCUCAGGAAAGAGCCAAGCGAAGACAGCUCCUUCACAAGUUCCUCCAACUAUGCUCUUCUUCCCAGGUUAAGGUGGACACCAUCUUGAUUGAGAGUGACACGGUUGCAAAGGCAAUUCUUGACCUAAUUCCCAUUCUUAACAUACAGAAUCUUGUCAUUGGAACCAACAAAUCCAAUCUAAGAAAAUCAAGAUCAAGGAGGGGGAAUAGUGGGAUAGCAGAUCAGAUUCUGCAGAAUUCACCGGAAAGUUGCAGAGUCAGAAUCAUAAGUGAAGCCAAAGAAGUCAACGAACAAAUGUUGACCAUCAUGUCUCCUUCCCCUCAUGCUCCUUCCCCUCGACCCACUAAUGGUGCUAAUAAUAAUGAAGACGAUGAUCAGAUGACUCGAUCGUCCAUGUCAAUGAAAGAACAAGAUCGUCAAAAUAGUCCUGUUUCUUGUAAUUGUUUUAAACCCAUGUUUAGAUGACUACUUUUCUUGUAAUUUAAGCUUAAACCCAUGAACCUUGUACGUAUAUAACAUGCUUUAAGAGAUUUGUCAGGCCUAAAAAAAGGAUUUACAUAUCAGUAUUCGACGUGUGUGUUAAAUACUUGUAAUAGACACGAUGUAUCAGUAUCAUUUUGAUUAAAGUAUAAAUAAAAUAUGUGUGUGUGUGUGUGUGUGUAGGCAUGUAUUUGUUGUGUUCA